AUGCUGAUGCUUAUGCUGAUGCUGAUGCCGAUGCUGAUGCUGAUCCUGAAUGUUGAUGCUGAUGCUGAUGCUGAUGCUGAUGCUGAUCCUGAUGCUGAUGCUGAUGCUGAUUCUGAUGCUGAUGCUGAUGCUGAUGCUGAUUCUGAUUCUGAUGCUGAUUCUGAUGCUGAUGCUGAUGCUGAUUCUGAUGCUGAUGCUGAUGCUGAUGCUGAUGCUGAUGCUUAUGCUGAUGCUGAUGCUGAUGCUGAUGCUGAUGCUGAUGCUGAUGCUUAUGCUGAUGCUGAUGCUGAUGCUUAUGCUGAUGCUGAUGCUGAUAUGCUGAUGCUGAUGCUUAUGCUGAUGCUGAUGCUGAUGCUGAUGCUGAUAUGCUGA